AAUGCGCGACUGUGAUUAGUCAAUUUCUUGAGGCUUAGGGUCAUCGCACACAAAAUUGCAUAGCUGCACGUGCAUAGCAUGAAAACCGUUUGAACCAAUGAACAUCGAGCACUGAGUCGCCAUAUUGAUUUACAUAACGCGCUCAUUGGUCCAGACGGUCUUGUGCUAUGCAUAUGCAACUAUGCAAUUUUGUGUGCGAUGGCCCUUAGGGUUCAAAUCUCUAUUGUAGACUGGGACUCGUGUAACAUUUGUCAUCUUUCGCGUGUAUACACAGAUCGAACGGAGGCCGCAUUCUCGGGGAAACGCCGGGUGUUCGAAUCGGGAUUAGUGUACGCUUGGCAGAAUUCUCGGAAACCUCCGUUGGUCCGCACGGGAUCGUCACCCUCGGCGAUUUUCGCCGGUCGCCGACGCCAGUCGCGGGCUUCGUCCUGUCGCGUGCGACGCGUACGGCGCGCAUCAUGGUCGGCCUGCCCGCGAUCGCUCACCCUCCUCGCCGAGUUUUGGCGCGCCGCGCCGCGUCAGCCGGUGGUGUCAGUCGCGCUCCGUCCGGCGCGCGCGCGUACGCCUCUCGUCCGUCGUCGGUCCGCGAUCGUUCACCCUUCCCCGACGGCGAUACUUUCGGCGCCGAAGGACCAUGUCAGUCGCGAUCGGCGCACGCUCGUGGCCGCGUGACCGCGUCGUUCGGCACGGCCUGGCGGGACGUCGCGCGAUGUGACGCGCGAGACGGUCGUGUGCGGUGCCGCGUCGCGCGAGUAGCAGCGUGGGUUAAACGUCGACGUCGCGUCGCGUCGCUGCGAUGGGCAGCGAGGCGGACGCGGAAGCUGCGAGCGUCCACGCCGUGGACUCCGACGGCUCGGUUAGCUGGGAGGACUUUUUCGGCACAAGCACGGAUCUAGUCCCGCAACUGCUGGGUAUGUUUGACGAGUUGGCGCGCCGCGGCGACGGCUAUGAAGGCGAUCGCGUGGUCCUACCGUCGUCCUGCAGCGUGCCCGCAGUCCUGCAGAAGCGCCUGAGCAUGGUACCAGUCGCCCAUCGAGGCUCCGUAUUCGGUCAGCUCUGCACAAAUGGCGACUUAGCCAAGCCUGUGCGCCAGGACGUGCUCAAGAGCAAGAGGGAGGAGGGCGAGUACGACGAGGUCGUCGAGGUCGUCGCAGACGUCGCCGAUAACACCAUGGUGGAGACGGUGAUCCCGGUAGCGGCUUUGGAGCACGUGGGAAACGGGGAGAGCAUUGGGAAGCCAAUGUACGAGAGGCGGGAGACCAACGGUCUCACCACCCCGCUCAGGUAUAACAGGCGACGCAGGAAUGGCGGUAGACCGCUCUCUGGGAGCUCCAUCGCGUCCAGCACGUCUUCCAGCAGCUGCAGCAAUCAGGGCAGCAACACCUGCACCGCCAAUCCCUAUCUGGCGUCCGUCGAAUCCCUCGCCGACACCUGCGCCAGCUCCCAGGGUUCAGCGGACAGCGGAGUCGUGACGGUUUCGGAAGCUAGUUGUCGGAUGUUGAACGACGACAACGGGCCGAGGAGGGACAGCGAGGAGGAUCCUCUGUGCCAUAGGCCGCGCUACUGCGAUCCGCAUCGCAAUCCCGUCGAGAGGGUGCUCCUUGAGAUCGUGGACACGGAGGCGAUUUACGUGGAGCAUCUGCGUCAAGUUAUUCAGGGCUAUCUCAUAUUCUGGAGGGACAAUCCGUCGUCGUUCGCGCGUCGGUUGCACCUCGGCGAUCUGUUUAGCAAUAUCGAGGAUAUCUUCGAAUUUAAUAGAGAGUUCUUGUGGGAGAUAGAGAAAUGCGGUCUGGAUCCCGUUUGCGUCGCGGACACAUUCAUCAAGCAUAAUUCGGGAUUCAAGGUGUACACCGAAUACUGUACGAAUUAUCCGAGGACAGUCUCGGUGCUGACCGAUUUAAUGGGCCAGGAAGAGACCGCGUCCGCCUUUCGCGAACGGCAAGCGGCUCUGAGGCACGCGCUGCCGCUCGGGUCCUUCCUUUUGAAGCCCGUCCAGAGGAUCCUUAAGUAUCACCUGCUUCUGGAGAACCUAUCGAAGGAGUACGACGCUGAUUGUGAUUCGAGAGAGAAUGAGGCUGAAGGUAGAAGUGCCAUCGAGGCUGCGCUCGCCGCGAUGACUGGCAUUGCGAAACACAUCAAUGCUAUGAAGAGGCGGCACGAGCACGCCGUACGUGUUCAAGAAAUUCAAUCGCUUCUGUACGGUUGGUUGGGACCAGACCUAACUACAAGUGGCGAAUUGGUCGCGGAAGGUCGCUUCAGGAUGCGAGGGGCCAAGGCCCCGAGGCACGCCUUCCUCUUUGAUCGGAUGCUUCUUUUGACGAAGAAGAAGGAGGAUGGUCUUCUUGUCUACAAAGCUCAUAUUAUGUGUUCAAACCUAAUGCUGAUUGAAAGUAUUCCGGGAGAGUCACUUAGCUUUCACGUAAUACCUUUUGAUAAUCCUCGGUUGCAGUACACGUUGCAAGCACGCAAUCUAGAACAAAAGAGAGAAUGGACGUUACAGAUAAAGAGAGUGAUACUAGAGAAUUAUAAUGCGGUUAUACCGUCCCACGCGAGACAGUUAGUGUUACAAUUGGGUCAGACGCAGCAAGAAGAUGACGCGUUGACGGAUAAAGGAUCGGCGAAGAAGCACUCCGCCCCGCCGGAAUACUUGGAGAAGCGCAAGCAGGAGAGGGAGAGACGUAGAUCCGAAACUGGUCUGAGGCACAGGUUCAAAAAGGGUGUCAGGAAAUCCGAUACUACAAUGGAGGAUUCGCCUGCAUCGUCCCGUAAAAAUGACAAUGAAGACGCGAAUGACUCCAGGGACUCAACUUUGAACAGGUCUUCGGAUGUACGCACUUCGAAAGUUAAGGAUCGACUCACCGGUUGGAGACGAAAGUCCGAGCCUGGCUUCCAGUCGUACGUCUGUCUCAACCAUUCGGACGAGGAGCAAAAAGAAGAAGCCGCUGGCGAUGCUCAAUCCACUACGAUCGAGACCGAAGAGGCAGUCGAAAUUCCUACGGAGGAAAAUCAGACGGUGACAGCGAACUCCUCGCCACCGGCUGAAGCCAAAGAAAAUAAUAAUGAACAACACGCUAAUCCGGCGCAAACGGUGGAGGAGAUCGUCGGUCACAUCCUCAUGCAGAAUCAAGAGUUCCAGAAGCUAUUGGAGAAACAACGGACCAGCAGCAUCAUCAACGUGCGGCAUCAACGCUUCAAUAAACGUAUCUCGGCAGAUACGUCGGACGAGAGUGAUUCGGAGAACGCUAACUAUAUCACCAGCUCGACCAACAACAACAGCAACAACAGAUUAGGACGCGCUCGGGCAACACAUAGAGAGCAGCGACUGAUCAGGACGAAUAACGCGUGGAAUCUAUUGUCCUCGGCACCGGCGCGAGAAAACCAGCAGCCACUGCAACUCCUCUAUGAUAACCUGAAGACUACUCAGAAAUCGACGGAAACGAUCGCGCAUAACGGCAAGACGAAUCAUUCGCACGAAAAGCAGGCGUUCUUCGAAACGUUCAAACGACAAAGCAUCGUCACGGAGAAUAAAGUGAUUAAAACAGCGCUGCGUAUCCGCGAGAAUUUAAUGUUGGCGGACAACGAGGAGACCGUCGUAUCGUCCCCGGCAACGUGCGCGUUAAAUCACCAGGCGGUAGAGCGAAAGGAAAUCAAUUCUAUUUUAACGACAGAGCGGAUCGAAAAGGAUGGAGCGGAACGGCGUAACGGUGAGAGGAGCGACGCGAAUGAUGCGGGAGACGCCGAGUCCAAAGGCUUUGGCAACUAUGACAAUCUGCAGCACGUCUGGGAAGGUUUGCAGACGGUGAAGGGUGACGUCGACGGUAACGACAGUCCGACUCGGCCCGCCGUUUGGCUCACCAAGUUGUGCGAGGGUCUGCCCACCUCACCACCUAAGUGUGGCUCGCUACCGCGCAGUUUCCAGAUAAGUCCAAACUCCCAGCCGACGAACGUGACGAAAUCGCGCUUCCUGCAGCGAGACGGCAAACCGAUGAGCGAGCGACCGUUCACGAUCGCGUCCGACAAGCCAGCAGAGAUCAAUCUGGAAGACAUGGAGAGGUACGCGUCCACGUGCCAGCCGGAGGGUAGAAUUGCCAAAUUCCCCAUGCCCGCCGCCUCGACGAGCUCCAGUUCGACGUUCUUCUGUUCGCUGGAGGAUACACGAUUGACUGACGACACUUACUCCGACGUGCGAUCCAUAUCUACCAGCGAUAGUGCGAAUAUUCAUCCCGAUCAUAAGAUCUAUCGGGCGAAUGGCAACAGCAGCGGCAGUACGAUUUUCCGGAAUGUCCUCAAGGCUGGCAGCCGUUUGCAGGGUCGUCUGAGAAAUACCAUGAGCACAGAGACGCUCGAGUGCAACGACGAGGUCGAAAGAACACGCUAUUUCCGCUCAUUGAGCGGAGGCAAGUAUCCAAAGAGACGGACCAAGCAUGCAAAGCAGCAUGCGAGGGAAUUGUCCUCGGACGUGGAAGAAUUGGUGAAUUGCUCGAAUGAUCAACGAGUUCCCCAACUCUACUACAAGCAAGGCAGCUCUAGUCUGGGCGCUAGAAUUGCCCAGUCGGAUUAUGCUGAUCCAAAGAUCCUCUUUACUGAGAACAAACGUGCACACUCCUCUUCCGUUGAUAUUAAUCAGUCCAAGAAGACCACAGAGUCGGACAGGAGAAACUGCGAAGAGGAGACGGGUAGCAGCAAGGAUAUGGAGCGUCACGAGAGCGAGACGGACAGCUUCUACGAGAGGAGUUUCGAGACCAUCGAGAAUUAUGCGGACGCUGACGUGGACGAGGCGUUCCGGGACAGUGCAAUAUUCAGCGAUGUCGAUGAGGUAUUCGUGAUGCGGCAGUCGACACCGAUAACGGCAACGACGAGGACGACGACGGCGAUAACUACUACGGCGUUCACGGCGAAGGCGAAGAUCGCACCGCCGGUACCCAUUAAGAAGAAGCAGGAAUCAUCGGCGAAAUGCAAGCCGAGCGUUGCACAGAAACCGGAUUACUUGAAGAUGAAGUCUCUAUUGAAGGCGAAGGGACAUGCCGGUGAUUCGGAGGCCAGAGUUACUGCGAGACUGAUGAAUGUGACUCAUCAGUCACUGAGUAGUCCUGCGAAUGAUUAUAAUCGAAACACCGAGAUGGAUAGAGACGAUGUUUCCGCGGGGCAGAGUCAGGCUGGUUGGGUACGGAAGAUGGUAGGUCAACUGCAAGGUCAAGUCGAGACGUGAUCUAUACUUUUGGAUAGCCUACAGGAUGAGGAUUGCAUGUCAAAAGUCAAUAGAAAUCUCGAGUCAUAAUCGGCGUAAGUCGUGUGGAUAAAAGUGAAGCAAAUAUUCUUGUCAGAAAUAGAGAAGGUAUAAUACAAUGUAUCUUAAAUUAAUUUUUUUUAUGAGCAAUUUUAUGAGCAUUUAUAAUGAGCAAUUAUACUAAUUGUAAGUGCAAAUGAUGACUAGCUUGCUUUAGUCACCACGUAAUGAUAUAAGAAUGCUAGCUAAGGAACUUAAAGAUUUAAAUUUAUUAAAAUUUAUUCAAAUAGGAUUUUAAUUUAUUAAAAUAAGGAUUUCUCCUUUUUUUUGUAACGAUUGGAAAUAAAAAUAGAAAUAAUUUUAUAAGAAAACGUAUAAUGUGCAUGCGAUUGAAGAAAAGAAAUUAAAAAAACGAAUAAUUUAUUCGAAAUAUAUGCAAUCGACGGUAGUUAUUUUGUUAUGCAAUAAAAACAAUCCUUUAAUAUCUCUAUUUUUAUAUUGAUAUUUUUUCUGUCAUUAAAUGAAAGUAAAAAUGUUUGCUUCGCUUUGUUCAUAUAAUCAUGGUGCCGUGAUGUUGGGAAGCUAAUUGGAGUCCUAUUUUAAUAUUUUUCACAUGUGCCUGAAGAAUAACAUUGACAUAACGUGAUACCAUUAUUAUAUAAGAAAUUUAUAUUUUAAUGUGUGGUUGAUGCGCGCGUAAAUAAGAAAAACGCAUUUAUGUUCACGUUCGUGUUAUCGUCAUAGGAACGUAAAAAAUUAAUAUUCACUAUAUAGACUGUUGUAUGUUAAGUAUUGUUUGAUAUUACUUAUGUUAUAUAGAGCGGAAGUUUUUAAUUAAAUGAAGCAUUUAUGAAGCCAUUUAGCGCUGUGUUUGAUUGAAAAAAAAUCAUCAGUAAACUGUAAUUUAAGAGAGAAUUUGAAAGUGCACAUUUUCGUGUCACCUAAACAAAUUUUAUUCUCAAUUAUUUUCUAAUAUUGUUUCUGUAUGUAACUGUGACUUCUUACGUUGGCGUGUUACCAUAAUCAAUAAUUAAAACAUUGGCAACAA